AUGACGCCGGAUGAGUGGAACAAAUUCGGCAACAUUGAGAGUCGUGAGCUGGGCCGCCUGUACAUUCCGGACCGCAUCCCGACCGAAACUGAAAAAUUGCUCUGUAAUUUUUCGCCGGAUUUGGGACGCGUUACGAGAAAUAAAUUGAAAACAGUUCUGAAAACAGAAACCUCACCACCCAAAACACCAACAGCGCGACCGGAUGGAGCGGGGCCAGCGAAAGGAAAGAAGGGACGAGGCGGAAAGGAUGAUGCGGCCGAAAACGAUUCGCGAGCCAUCCCCAUGGCAGCAGUACCAUCAGGCGCUGACGUCCCCGAUGAAUUGCUAUUUUCAAUGAGCCCAACAGACGCACUGCAAAUUGCCCUUGCCGAUACAUCUACGGAGGGUGAAGAGAAUUUUCCUGCCCCAUCUCAUCAAAGUCCUAAAACCAGAGGCAGUAGCAGCAGCAGAAAACGUGGAGGACGCGGUCGAGGGCGUGGGAGACCGCGCAAAAGCUGUACCCCAGUUGCGUACCAUCCAGAGCUGUUACAGGAUAACGAAUCGGAUGCCGUAUCGUCGUUCCAAUCUGGUGAACAAUCAUUCAUUGUGAGUUCCUCAACGGAGGGACGAUCAGCUUCUGCCAAUGUCUUCGAGCAGUCGUCAUGCUCGUUGGAUACCUCAGAAGCAGCACCUCUGGUAAUCGAUGAGCAGGAAACGGAAGACUUUUCGCCCGGUGCACCUCGUUUUCCGGCGCGUGGUCGUGCUAGAUCUCCCACUGAAGAAGCAGCAGCAGCAGCGGCCGAAGCAGCAGCCGAAGAGCAGCGAAGGCGAGCAACCACCCCGAGAAGAACGAUUCUCACCGAUCAGUUUCGAGCAGCAGCAUUAUCGAAUCGUCUGUCAACGGUGAAAUGGACCGGAAGAUGUAUUCCAGAGCGACGUGGCUUUGAUAUAAACCAAAAAUUUCGUGGUAAAACGCUUGCAAUUGAGAAAUCGACGGAUUCGAUCGAUACUGCGCAAAGCAGUGAGCCGAAUGUGCCCAGCAAAUCGGCACCCGUUCGAUCAGCACUUGAAAUGCUUGCACUCGAAAUGCCUGAACUACCACUACCGAUAACAGUGGAUCCAAUUACAGCGAUCGAAAUUGCCACACUUCGAAGACACCAGCAAAAUCGUGAAAAACCCCUAACAACCUAUGAACAGUUUCGAGCAGCAGCAUUGUCGAAUCGUCUGUCAACGGUGAAAUGGACCGGACGAUGUAUUCCAGAGCGACGUGGCUUUGAUAUAAACCAAAAAUUUCGCGGUAAAACGCUUGCAAUUGAGCUGUGCGAGAGGCCAUGUGGACCGCACCAUGAAAUUGAUGAUAUGCUACAACAAAUUGUGCAGGAUGGAGCUCGUCUGGAUUUGCCGGAUGAUACAAAAGGCCGUAUACCGCUUCAUUUUGCUGUUGAGGGCGAAUUCUGGUGCCGUGUCAAAGUACUUCUACACUUGCGGGAUAUAACGGUAAGGCGAGUACUGUGUCCGGUUGUGGUGCGAGCAAUGUGGGAAUUCGAGUUUAGCAACUGGACCACUGAGUUUGGUUUUAAUUAUGAAACAAGCCGGCUACCGAACGAUCGCUAUGGAUAUAUGAUAUUGCUUGCCGCGUUCGAUUAUCGCAGCUCCAGAUAUUGGCGUGUCAGAAUGUGGGGUGAAAGUCAGUUCGCGGAUGUGCAAGUGAACGAUCGACCAGUGCAGUCGCUCUCUUAUGAUUCGCAUGGAUAUAUCUAUGUAUCAAAUUUGAUCAACGGCUGGAACAGGGUGAAAAUUCGGUUCCAUCCAUUUGUGAAGAAAAGGAAACUGUUACUUAUGGCGCAAGUCCAUAGAAUUUAA